UCAUCUAUAAAAUCGAUGAUAAUGAUGAGAUUCUAAAGGGAUGUGUUAAGUCAAUACAGAUGCAAUUGGAUAUUAUGAAAGGAUUAAAAAGGGACAGCAACCAUGCAUCGCGCCAUAUGUUCAUAUCACCGAUAUUGCUAGCAGCUGCCAGUUUUAUCCAAAAUCUCUAUAUUCACUUACAAAAAGAACUCGAAGGUGACAAAUACUCUGGCCACGUCGACUGUGAGUUUUACUUGCGCCGACAACUACAGGUUACCUCUGAAAAGAUUGCAUGCGUAACUGAGAUGACGGUGGAUCAGGAAAUAAAAGCGGUGUUUGCUGAGAAUCUUGUGGAACUUGAAAUAAUGAUGCGAAAGACGCAAGAAUGGAUGAAAAAAGCCGUCAAGUAUGAGAAAGAUAGUUAUGAUUUUCUUUAUGGAAUAGUCACAACUGCAACUGAAUGGUACUUUAUUUUAUACACAACGGAGGAUGUGUACAGUACCAGUACAAGAUUUUAUCAUGUUAACCUUGUCGAUAAUGCUAAUGAAAAUGAAGAUGAAUUGCAUAAGCAGGUGAAAAGUGUAUUAGAAAUACUUGUCGGAAUGCUAAAGGAUAGAGUGGAUGCUUCAAAUGAAGAACCAGCAAUUAAAAGAAGGCGCGUGCAAGAAAAAAUCAAAUAA